AUGCUAUCAGAAGAAGAAGUAGUAGAGUCGGAGAGAUCAUUGUUUUCAGUUCACGAUUUGUUUGCUCGAGUUGCAGUCAAAUAUGAUCUGAUGAACGAUGCAAUGUCGAUGGGGAUGCAUCGUUUAUGGAAGGAUUAUUUUGUUGAGCAACUUGAAUUGACAUCGAAUACAACAAUGUUAGAUAUGGCAGGAGGCACUGGCGAUAUUGCAUUUCGGGCUAUAAAAAAAAUUCAACAAGGAUUGGGCAAAGGUUCCGUAACGGUUUGCGACAUUAAUGAAAACAUGAUGGGUGUUGGCCAAAAACGGGCCGUCUCUAAUCGAUCUAUCGAUAAAACACGACUUGUAUGGGUUUGUUGCGAUGCUGAAUUACUUCCUUUUGAUGAUAAUUCUUUUGAUGUCUAUACAAUUGCCUUUGGAAUUCGUAACUGCACUCAUAUUGAAAAGGUUUUGGCUGAAUCAAUUCGAGUUUUAAAAGCUGGAGGGAAAUUUGCCUGUCUUGAAUUUAGUCGUGUCGAUCCAUUGUUAAAGCCAUUUUAUGAUUUUUACAGUUUUCAAAUUAUUCCUGUUAUGGGUGAAAUAAUCGCAGGUGAAUAUAAUAGUUAUCGUUAUUUGGUAGAAAGUGUGCGAAAAUUUCCAGAUCAAAUCGAAUUUGCAAAAAUGUUAAUGGGUGUUGGUUAUGAGAUUGUUCGAUAUGAAAAUCUUUCUUGUGGUAUUUGCUCGAUUCAUACGGGAAUUAAAAGGAAUUCUCCAGAUUCAUUAUAG